UUCUUCCUCAAAUCUUUAGCUCCCGAAGUUGAAAAGCUCCUCUCUUUCUUCACCAUGGAGAUAGAUAGGGAAGAUGGGCGAACGCAGAACCAGUUGAGACCUCUCGCUUGUUCUCGUAACAUCCUCAAUCGUGCUCAUGGUUCUGCUAGUUGGUCCCAAGGUGAUACGAAAGUUCUUGCUGCCGUUUAUGGACCUAAAUCCGGGACAAAGAAGAAUGAAAACCCCGAGAAGGCUUGCAUUGAAGUAAUUUGGAAACCAAAAACAGGGCAGAUUGGGAAGCUUGAAAGGGAGUAUGAGAUGGUAUUGAAGAGAACAUUGCAGAGUAUCUGCAUUCUGACCAUCAAUCCAAAUACCACAACAUCAGUCAUAAUUCAGGUUGUAAAUGACGAUGGUGCUCUUCUCCCUUGUGCCAUAAAUGCAGCAUGUGCUGCUCUUGUAGAUGCGGCGAUUCCUAUGAAGCAUCUUGCUGUUGCCAUAUGUUGUUGUUUGACAGAAAGUGGGUAUGUUAUACUGGACCCUACCAAGCUGGAAGAGCAGACAAUGAAGUCAUUUGCUUAUCUAGUCUUCCCAAACUCAAUCCUUUCAGUCCUGCCUGAAGAAUCACUACUGGUGGGCGGUGAACGCAUGGAACAUGGGAUCAUUACAUCCGUUACUCAUGGUGUGAUGUCAGUGGAUGACUAUUUUCAUUGCCUAGAACGAGGGCGUGCUGCAAGUACCAAAUUAUCUGAUUUUCUUAGGAGGAACUUGCAGCGACAUCAAACUAACCCAUCUAAAGCAGGAUAACUCUUCCCUUCACAUAAUCAUUUGAGACUCUUGACUGAUUGGGAUAAUAGAGUAGAGAGAUUUCAUUCCUGUCAUGUCAUCAGAUAGUUUCCUAGCCAUGUUAAACUGAUUGGUAAGAUUCUUGUCCUACAUUCACACUCUUCCUGACCAAGGUGUAUUAUUAUUCUCAAUAUUGUAAAUUGGGUUUUCUGUUCUUCUGUUUUUUAAUGAAAGAUCAUGUUCUUCCAGCAUUAUGAUCUGAAUGCAACGUGAAUGUGAACUUGGUGAUGUUAACCUUUAUAUUUGUGAAUUUAGAUUUUGAA